UUAGAAAUCAUGAAAAACCAAAGCUUCACAACUGAAUUUGUCCUCCUGGGGCUUUCACAGAAUCCUACUGUUCAGAAAAUAGUAUUUGGCGUGUUUUUGUUGGUCUACAUUGCAACAAUUGUGGGCAACAUGCUGAUUGUCGUGACCAUUCUCUGCAGUCCUGCACUUCUGGUGUCCCCCAUGUACUACUUCUUGGCAGUCCUGUCCUUCCUGGAUGCCUGCUUCUCCUCUGCCAUCACACCAAAAAUGGUAGUGGACACCAUUCGUGAAAGGAAAACCAUCUCUUAUGAAGGAUGCAUGAUUCAACUUUUUGCUGAACACUUCUUUGGUGGGGCAGAGAUGAUUAUCCUCACAGUCAUGGCCUUUGACUGCUAUGUGGCCAUUUGUAAGCCCUUGCACUACUCUUCCAUCAUGAACUGGAGACUCUGUGGCAUUCUGGUGGGGGUGUCCUGGACAGGGGGCUUCUUGCAUUCCAUCAUCCAGAUUCUCUUUACCUUCCACUUGCCCUUCUGUGGGCCUAAUGUCAUUGAUCAUUUCAUGUGUGAUCUGUACCCAUUACUGGGGCUGGCCUGCACUGACACUCACAUCCUAGGCCUUCUGGUGAUUGCCAACAGUGGGUUAGUCUGCAUCAUCAACUUCUGCCUGUUGCUUGUCUCCUAUGGUGUCAUCUUGUUCUCCCUGAGGACACAUAGUGCUGAAGGGCAGAGGAAAGCUCUGUCCACCUGUGGGUCUCACAUUACUGUCGUGGUCUUGUUAUUUGUCCCGUGCAUAUUUAUAUAUGCAAGGCCACCAUCUGCCUUCUCUUUUGAUAAAGAAGUGGAAAUAUUUUACACCAUCCUGACUCCCUUGCUUAAUCCUUUGAUUUAUACUUUGAGAAACAGGGAAGUGAAACAUGCCAUGAGGAAAUUGUUGAAGAAAAUCAUAUCUGCACCAUCAUACAUUCGAAUUCAAAUAUGUUUAUAUUAUUUUAAUGCCCAACAUUUCACUGUGGACCUGCAGAUCUAUACAAGGAGAACUUCCACUAAUAUUCAUCAGGGUGGUAAACAAAUAGUGAAAGUAAUACUUAGGAAAUUCCUCAUCUUUAGUGAUGAUUGUACCAAGAUGAAUGGAUGUAGCAGGGGACGAAGCAAUGCAUGUGGAGCUGAAAGGACAACACUUGACAGCUGA